AUGGCGACGACGUAUUCUCUGCCAGAGGUGAAAUACACUCAGCUAUUCAUCGAUAAUGAGUUUAUCGACAGUCAGUCGAAGAAAACAUUUCCAACCAUCAAUCCAACUAACGAGCAAGUAAUAUGUCAUGUUCAAGAGGCUGAUCAAAGUGAUGUGAACAGAGCAGUGAUGGCUGCAAAAAUUGCUUUUCGAAGGGGAUCUAGAUGGCGUACAAUGGAUGCAUCAGAACGUGGUUGUCUGCUGUAUAAGUUGGCUGAUUUGAUUGAGAAGCAUGCUGACUACAUAGCUCGUUUAGAUGCAAUGGAUAAUGGUAAAGCUGUAGACUCAGCACUCGGGGAUGCGUUAUAUGCUGCACAAAUAGCUCGAUACUAUGCUGGAUAUGCUGAUAAGAUACAUGGGAAACAAUUACCUGUUGAUGGGAAUAUGAUUUCAUUCACUCGUCGUGAACCACUUGGAGUUGUUGCCUGCAUUACACCUUGGAACUACCCAUUUGUUUUAUGCGUCAUCAAGAUUGCACCAUGUUUGUGUGCUGGAUGUACAAUUGUGUUGAAGCCAGCAGAACAAACACCACUAUCUGCAUUAUUUUUGGGUGGUUUGAUCAAAGAGGCGGGUUUCCCACCUGGUGUAGUCAAUAUCAUUUGUGGAUUUGGUGAAAUCACUGGUGAAGCAUUGACUCAUCAUCCGGAUGUGAGAGCGAUCUCAUUCACUGGUAGUACUGAAGUCGGUCAGUUAAUCAUGAAGGCAGCAGCCACAAAUAUCAAACACGUGACGUUGGAACUUGGUGGCAAGUCACCGUUGAUUAUAUUUGCUGAUGCAGAUAUUGAGAAGGCUGCAGAAGUGGCGCAUGAGGCUACAAUGGUGAAUCAUGGACAGUGUUGUGUAGCUGGUAGUCGUGUAUUUGUGCAGGCUGCUAUUUAUGAAGAGAUGGUUGACAGACUUAAGAAGUUGGCGGAGAAUCGGAAGGUUGGAGAUCCUUUUGUGUCUGAUACGAUACAAGGUCCACAGGUCGAUAAAAUACAAUUCAACAGAGUUAUGUCGUACAUUGAGAAAGGGAAGGUGGAAGGUGCUCGAUUGGUUACGGGAGGAUGUCGAGUUGGUGCAAAGGGUUAUUUUAUUCAACCGACAGUGUUUGCAGAUGUCAAGGAUGAAAUGUGUAUAGCGAGAGAAGAGAUUUUCGGUCCAGUUCAGUGUAUUUUGAAAUUCGAGACAUUGGAAGAAGUGAUUGAACGUGCGAAUGCUACCCACUAUGGAUUGGGUGGUGGUGUUUUCACCAGGGAUAUGGAUAAAGCGAUGAGAGUUGCUCAAUGCGUGGAAGCUGGAAGUUUCUGGAUCAAUAGUUAUAAUGUGGUGUAUGCUCAAGCUCCUUUCGGUGGUUUCAAAAUGUCUGGUAUAGGACGUGAAUUUGGGAAGGAAGCGAUCGAUGGUUACCUUCAAACGAAGGUGAUUUCGAUGCCGAUUUCAAUUAAGAACUCUUGA